AUGAACGGUGGAAGAUUUGACUUUGAUGACGGGGGUACGUAUUGCGGAGGUUGGGAAGAAGGCAAAGCUCAUGGUCACGGAAUCUGUACUGGGCCUCAGGGCAAAGGCGAGUAUGCUGGUGCUUGGCAUUACGGUUUUGAGGUCUCGGGGGUGUAUACUUGGCCAUCAGGAAAUACCUACCAAGGUCAGUGGCAAAAUGGAAAACGUCACGGAUUAGGAGUCGAACAACGUGGUCGUUGGAUAUUCAAGGGCGAAUGGACUCAGGGUUAUAAAGGUAGAUAUGGUCACCGUCAAUCGAUGACUUCACAAGCCAGGUACCAGGGAACCUGGUCUUCUGGUUUUCACGAUGGAUAUGGCACCGAGAUAUAUGUUGAUGGAGGUGCUUAUCAAGGACAAUGGUUACGUGGUAUGCGGCAUGGAUACGGUAUCCGGAAGAGUGCUCAACACGGUGUGGCUGCUAAAUUUCGAUCUCGGUCACGCACCAAUGCAUCUCUUACUUCACUAAGGUCCGAAUACGGUGAAAGUGAGGAAAAUGAAAAAAAAAAUUAUGAAGAAACAGAUGAAAGCCGCGGUGGUUUUGUGUUGAAAGCUUGCAGUGAUGCGCCCACUAGAAGAAGAUCACUUUCUGAGAGGUCAUCUGUUGUUAAACGAACCUUCUUGAGUGGUUUGAGAAUCAAAAAGCAACACUCUACAGGAGACAUCCACCAGCGGGCUACUUCUGGAAGUUUGAGAUCAAGUGGUAGUACUGUGAGCUGUACAUCGGAUGAAUCGGAGCAUCGGCAAGGACGCGAACAACUUAUCAUAUCACAGGAAGAACACAUUGAUCCCAGUGCAACGGAAGUUUACAAAGGUGAGUGGAAAAACGAUAAACGAUGUGGUUUUGGCGUAGGAGAACGUAGUGAUGGCUUGAAGUACGAAGGAGAAUGGUUUAACAAUCGCAAGUGUGGCUAUGGAAUAACAACUUUUAAGGAUGGCAGAAGAGAAGAAGGCAAGUAUAAGAACAAUGUGCUCAUUUGUUCGAAUCGCAAAAAGGGUUUGUUAUUCGUGCGAUCAUCAAGACUUAAAGAACGAGUUGGAAAUGCUGUUGAAGCAGCGAAUCGAGCUGCUACCAUUGCUCAGCAGAAAGCAGAUAUAGCAGUGUCAAGAACAGCAACAGCUAAGGAACGCUCGGAGCAAGCGGAUUAUGUGGCUUUGCAAGCUCGUGAAGAUGCUGACAUUGCAGGGAUGUAUGCUAAGCAGUUCUCACCUGAAUUCCGACAAUCAUCUCAAGAUGGAGCUCUUCGGGUAAUGAAAAGUAAUCGCUUGCAACACCAUCAACAACAGCAUCUACAUAGCAACACAAAUCAUGUAUCCUUCGAUUCGCCACCAGCUUCCAAGAGUUCUCAUGAAUCUCGAGAUCUCUCAGAUGAACUGGUCGUUCUGAACUCUCCUUCCUUGCCAGGUACUGCUCCAGUAGAAACCAAUUACGCGGGUGUAUCUUUUUUCCAACAACCAUCAAAUCCUGGUGAACAUCAGCAUUUUCCAGUAAUUAAUCCAGGUUCGUCACCCGAACAAGCGAUGUCACUAUUAGUUGGUAACAACUCAGGUACUGCUGCUUACACCACCACUACCAGCACCAGCAACACCUCUUAUCAACAACAGCAAAGUGUAAACUCUGCUGGUUAUACGGGUCCAACUUCUUACCAGGUGCUACCAUCAUCAUCUUACAAUCAAGUACCACUAGCUACCGCUGCUACUGCUGCUUACUCUUCGGGUACACCUUUACCGGUAGUUCAAAUGUCUCCUCCAUACAUCUCCUCCUCCUCAUCGUAUCUUUCGAAUGCUGUGCCUCCUCAUUUCAAUCCUAAUCAGUUAUCUUCACAACAGUAUCACCAUCACAAGCACCAACUCCAUCUUCCUCCUUCAAAUUAUGCUAAUCCCGCAUUAUUAUCUGAUCAUCACACGCUUAACUUCCAUUCCGAGCAGACACCUUUCGAGCAAUCUGUCUAUAAUAUGAGUAAUGUUACGAACUAUAACGCUACUGCGACCACCACCGCUACUACUGCUACUACUGCUACUACUAUAACUACUACAAGCAGCGAUGACUUACAACAACGUCGUAUCAUUAAUGGCGCCUCUAAUCCACGUGUGAUGCAAACUAUUAGACCACCUUCAAAAUCUUUUCUACAGAGUACGAAUACUGCUCAGAGCAGCUCACGCAUAUCACUUAGUGAUGAUCAUUAUGAUCAGUACACCAUGUCCAUAAAUCCCUCUAGAUCUUCUCUGAUCCAUAGAAAUAGACCUUCACUUACAAAACAACCCUUCGCGAUACACGACAUUUCUCAGAAUUUAUAUAGGCGGUCGACAUUGGCAUCUGCAAAUGAUAAGCGACUAGAAAGUGUGCAGAGAGGUAGCGAAGAUGGGUGUGGGUCACUUCCUAACCUUGCAGAACUGGAGAAUACGGGCGUGCAACUAAGGAGGGAAGAGGCCGCGCGACUCGCCUCCCAGCAACGCCAAGAAUUGCAGCGUCUUCUCGAAGAAGAACAGUUACUACGCAGCAACCCACUUCGUUAUUUGUUCCAUCCUGCUUUCAAGGCUUGGAUAGUUCGAUGGAAAUUGCCGCUUGUGUUAUCGGUAGCGAAUAUUUUCCUCUUGAUGGUUUUUUAUAAUCUUCUCACUUACGAAAAACGAACACGUGAACGUCGAUAA